GUUCUCUUGAAAAUUCUCCUAAUGUGAUCCAAGGCUCACACUCAAUACACAGCCUUAUAUAUAUCUACUUAUAAUCUCCAUUGUAUCAAUAUGAGAUAUAGACUUAACCCAUUCAAGAUGAAGGUUUCUGCAGAAGGCUGCAGCUUGUUGUUCACCACCUCUUUUCUUAUACUGAUCUCAGGACUCACCGUCCAUUCUCUGUCUCACUCUUAUGAUUAUUCUGCUACCACAGAGUGCCUGGCAGAACCUCAUAGGGAACACUAUGGAGGAGGCAUUAUAGUAAAUCCAGGAUUUGAUCACAACUUAGAGGGUUGGACAGUGUUUGGAAACGGAGCAAUCGAGGAACGAAGAUCCAAUGAAGGCAAUGCAUUCAUUGUUGCCAGAAACAGAACACAACCUUUGGAUAGUUUCUCACAGAAAAUCCAACUUAAGAAAGGAAUGCUAUACACCUUUUCUGCUUGGUUGCAACUCAGUGAAGGAAGUGACACUGUGUCAGUUGUAUUUAAAAUAAAUGGAAGGGAACUGAUACGAGGCGGCCAUGUGAUUGCAAAGCAUGGGUGCUGGACUUUGAUGAAAGGUGGCUUAGUUGCAAACUUCACAAGCCCUGCUGAGAUUCUUUUUGAGAGCAAGAAUCCAACAGUGGAAAUAUGGGCUGAUAGUGUAUCCUUGCAACCAUUCACCAAAGAGCAAUGGAGAUCACACCAAGAAGAAAGCAUUGAGAGAGUACGUAAGAGCAAGGUGAGAUUCCAAGUAACUCACAUAAACGAAACAGCAUUGGAAGGAGCCACAAUCACCACCAAACAAACAAAGCUAGACUUCCCAUUUGGAUGCGGAAUAAACAACAAUAUCCUCACAAAUAGUGAAUACCAGAAAUGGUUUCUGUCAAGAUUCAAAUACACAACUUUCACCAACCAGAUGAAGUGGUACAGCACAGAGAUAGUUAAAGGCCAGGAAAACUACACUACACCUGAUGCCAUGAUGUCAUUGGCCAAAAACAAUGGCAUUUCUGUAAGAGGCCAUAAUAUUUUCUGGGAUGACCCAAAGCAGCAGCCCCAAUGGGUUAAGUCUCUAUCUCCUGAGGAAUUGAGAAAAGCAGCAGCAAAGAGAAUCAAUUCUGUGGCUUCAAGAUAUAGUGGAGAGCUAAUUGCUUGGGAUGUUGUCAAUGAGAAUCUCCACUUCAACUUUUUUGAGGGGAAUCUUGGUGAAAAUGCUUCUGCUGCGUAUUACUCAACAGCUCACCAUCUUGAUCCAAAUACCAGAAUGUUCCUGAAUGAAUUUAACACCAUCGAAUAUAGCGGGGAUGUUGCUGCCAGCCCAACUAAUUAUAUAAAGAAAAUUCAACAGAUUCUGCAGUUUCCAGGAAGUGCUGGAAUUCCAUUAGCAAUUGGGUUGCAAUGCCAUUUUGCUUCUGGCCAGCCAAAUCUUGCUUACAUGAGAGCAGGUCUUGAUCUUCUUGGUGCAACUGGAUUUCCAAUAUGGCUCACAGAAACUAGUAUAGACCCACAACCACAUCAGGAAGAUUAUUUUGACUGGAUUCUAAGAGAGGGUUAUGCUCAUCCUGCUGUUCAAGGGAUUAUAAUGUUCAUGGGUCCAGUGCAAGCGGGUUUCAAGAAGGCACCCUUAGCAGAUGAAAACUUCAAAAAUACUCCAAUUGGAGAUGUUGUAGACAUGCUGAUUCGUGAGUGGGGAACUGGGCCUCAUGAAGCCAAAGCAGAUAGCAGAGGAAUUGUUGAUAUUUCACUACAUCAUGGAGAUUAUGAUGUUAUUGUUACACAUCCUCAAAAGCAAAUCUCCAAAACACUGAAUCUAAGUGUAAGGAAAGGAUCUCCACAGCAAACCAUCCAAGUGAAAAUGCAUGCCUAAAUAGCCAUCACCUUCUUGUAACAGACUAAUAGUUAGAAAUGUAAAAUUGAAAUAUUAAAAUAAAAUGGCUUCAAGCAUCAUUAUUAUUUGCUAAA